AUGGCUUCACCAUCUCCGGCGCCACCUGACCCUCGUUUCAUCCUGGCAGAUCCCUCACCUGCAGCACAGGAAAAUGCCCGCAUCUUUGUUGGUACAGCACUUGGACUACAUGGUGUUGCGGCGCUUGUCUUUGGUGCGAGAAUAUGGAUUAGCAAAGAAGCCUCCACAAAGCAACACACCACUGACAUCACUGCCAAAACCCAGUGCCUAGUCCUCACAAAUUCCGCCCUCCUCCUUGCCGCUCUACCUUACACCUUCACUGGCAGUACCGAGACUUUCACCCUCACCGACGCCCAACUGGCAUUUAAAUAUGCCACAAUCUCCCAACCCAUAUGGGCAUGCUCCAUGGCCGCCAUCAAAUCCUCCUUUGCACUAACACUCCUCCGCAUCCAAUCCUCCUCUCGCCUGCAAAAUUUCCUCUACCUCAUGAUCGCCAUCCAAAUCAUCCUGGGCAUAUAUAACACCCUCGCCACCCUCCUCCAGUGCAUCCCCGUGCGCAAACAAUGGGAUCUCCUCGGCACCGUACACGGCACAUGCUGGAGCAAGCGCACCGUAGGCAUAAGCAGCAUCAGCGCCGGCGUCAUCAACAUAGCCACAGACUUCAUAUUCGCGCUACUGCCACUCUCCUUCCUCCAGCAUUUGCGACGCCCGUUGCGCGAGCGCGUACUCCUCUUUGUCCUCAUGUCGCUCGGUGUUUUUGCGGGCAUUGCCUCGAUAGUGAAAAUUGUGGCUGCAGCGCGGUUUGGCAGCACAGGCGACCCGGUGAAUGAGUCGGUGGGGAUAGGCAUGUGGAGCCUGAUUGAGGAGUUGGUGGGCGUGAUUGUGAUUUGUGUGCCUUGUCUUAGGAGUUUGUUUCAGAGGUUUUUGGGGUAUUUUGGGGUGUGGGGGAGUCGAAUUAAACAUGCGACGCACAGUAAGGGAUACGGGCGGACAUAUGAGCAUGAUGAGCAUGUAGGGGUUGGGGCCAAGGUGGAGAGUAGUCGCAGUCGCAGUCGAAGUCGGCUUGCUACGAUGCUUAAUCCGGGGGAUGCGGAUGCAGAGAGUGGGAUCCGGUUAAAGGUUCUGGGCACACAGGAGGAUGAGGAUGGUGGUGGGAGUGGAGUUUGGAAGGAUGAGGGGAUGAAGAGGGGCGAGAUUUGGUGCACGAGGGAGGUUAGGGUUGAGAAUGAGAUUUUGGGACAUGUGCCUUCGAAUGAGCAUUUAAGAGGGGGACCGCAGGCGGCCUGGGUUGACGAAUCAUUUGAUAUUGUAGAUGCGCCGAGGUUUGGGAGGGCUAUUUAA